AUGGAUGUUGAAGGUUAUAUGGAGGACAGUUCCUUGAAUGAGGAGGAAGGUAAACAAAGUAAUGCCACCAGCUCCCAUUUUACAGCGCAUCAUGAAGGGUCACUUCAAGUUCCUGUCCCAUGUGCUGUGGUGAAUGUGGUCCUCAUCACCAUUUUAAUCAUAGCUCUCAUUGCCUUAUCCGUGGGCCAGUACAAUUGUCCAGGCCAGUAUAUUGUCUCAGUGCCAUCUGCCAGCCACGUUUCUCCAUGCUCAAAUGAUUGGGUUGGAUACCAAAAGAAAUGCUUCCUUAUCUCUACCAUGAGAAGGAACUGGACCUCGGCCCAAAGCUUUUGUUCCGAACAAGGUGCCACUCUUGCUCUCAUUGAUCCUGAAAAGGAGAUGAACUUUCUAAAACGAUAUGUGGGUAGAACUGAACACUGGAUUGCAUUGAAAAAUGAAACUGAUCAGAUACAGAAAUUGUCAGAUAGCAAAGGAUUUAACAACCGAUUCAACAUUGAUAUUCAAAAGCUAAACACAUCCAAAGUUAUAUUGCUACUACAUUUUGGAGUCAGUACUCAAGGUCAGGUUUUUAAAAUUCCAGAUCUUAUGCUAUUAUCAUAA